AUGGCCUUGAAUCCUGAGGAUCUUGGUAGUGGGUUCCGGCACAGCAAGGUGUCGACAUUCAUCAACGAACAAAUGGCCAAACACGACAAAGGCCUUGAUUUCUACCUUGAAAACCUGUCUCUAUCCUGGGAAGAGGUGGAAGACAAGCUCAAAGUUAUCCUGGAGGAUAGCGAGGUGUCUAGCGAGGCUCGUGAAGCCUGUGCCUGGGGCACCUUGGCCUUGGGGGUGCGUUUCGCUCACAGGCAAGGCUGCCUCCAGGGGCACGGGGUGCAGUGGCUACAAGACUUGUCCAGCAUGCAUAAGGUGUCUCCACUAUCCUUGCCAUCAGACCUAAAGCAGCUCACUCACCAACAAAAGACGGAACGGAAGGAGUUAGCUAUCCAGCUCCAAAUGACCCAGGCCAAACUGGAAGAGGUGCAGAGAGAGCGAGACCUGCUGAGACUGAAGAUCCUCCAGGAAAAAUUUGCCAUCCCUCCGAGUAUUCUAAAACGCUGUGGAGGAUGUCAACACUACAUGCAAGCAAAGAUUUCCAUGAUUAUACAGCCUUUUAACAGGGUAAUCUUUUCUAGUCCUCCGUGUGCACAACUAGAGACAGAUCUAAACAGGAAAGCCAUGCCACUGCUCCACGAACUCAGAAAACUUGAAAAUGUUGACCUAUACAACAUUAAAAGGUUAAGAAAAAUAAGAGAUGCCGAGACAAAAAGUACUGCCCUGCACGUGUGCACAGAAGUGACUCGAAGGCUUCAGGAGCUUUCUCUAUUUAGACACUACUUUGUUCUCUUGGCCUUUAGAACAAUGAGGACUCACCAGGGAGCUCUGAGAGCUUUUGAUGAAGAAGUGACAUAG